AUGGCCAACGCGGACGUCAAUAUGGAGGAUGUGGGGGUGACCUCCCAGAUGGACGAAGACAUGGUAACUCGAGAACAAGAGCUUGAUGAAAAGUCUGCCGGUACAGCCAGUCAUCUUCCGAAUCAGACACUGAUAAUCUGCAACAGAUAUCCUUUUAGGCCGAAGAACCGAAAUAAGACGCUCCCCUUUCAUGACCUCUACCUAACACUUUUCAACCCGCUCAACGACAACAAGAAGAAACCCACUGGCCCCUCAAUAGCCAGAGCAAAGGUCGGAAGGCACGGUCCUACUACACAGAAUCCGCAUGAGAUCAGACAGAGUAUCAUUGAGCGUUUCAUCUCAAAAUGGAGGAACGAAGUCGGUCCAGACAUCUACCCCGCUAUCCGACUAAUCAUUCCCGAGAAGGAUCGAGAGCGACCUAUGUACGGGCUCAAGGAGUCCAUCAUUGGUAAGCUACUGAUACAGGUCAUGAAGAUCAACAAAGACUCGGAGGAUGGUUAUAAUUUGCGAAAUUGGAAGCAGCCGGGGCAAACGGCCGCAAGUCGCAUGGCAGGGGACUUCGCUGGACGCUGCUAUGAAGUCAUUUCGAAAAGACCAAUACGAAUAGACCCUGGUGAUAUGUCCAUUGAAGAAGUCAACGGCCUUCUCGACCAGCUUGCCGCCGCCACCAAGCAGCAUUCACAGAUCCAGAUCUUAACGCAAUUCUACCAAAGAAUGAACGCAGAAGAGUUAAUGUGGUUGAUUCGAAUGAUACUUCGUCAAAUGAAGGUCGGGGCUACAGAGAAGACAUUUUUUAAUAUCUGGCAUCCUGACGCCGACACCUUGUUCAAUAUUUGCUCGAAUUUACGUCGAGUCUGCUGGGAGCUCUACGAUCCGAAGGUGCGACUUGAAGGUGAGGAUACGGGGGUAAAAUUAAUGCAAUGCUUUCAGCCACAAUUGGCCCAGUUCCAAAUGCAGAGCUUCAAGAAGAUGGUGGACCGCAUGCACCCCACCGAAGAAGAUCCAGUUUUUUGGGUUGAAGAAAAGCUUGAUGGGGAAAGAAUGCAGCUUCAUAUGACGGAAGACUGUGAAACACCCGGAGGAAAGAAGUUUGGCUUCUGGUCGAGGAAAGCAAAAGACUACACUUACUUAUACGGGAGUGGAUUUGAGGACGACAGAUCAUCAGUAACGCGGCAUUUGAUAAAUGCUUUCCACGAGGGGGUUGACAACAUCAUACUGGAUGGAGAAAUGAUUACAUGGGACGUGGAUGAGGAUGCGAUGGUACCGUUCGGGACGUUGAAGACAGCCGCGAAAGAGCAGCAAGACAAUCCAUAUGCUUCCGGAUGGAGGCCUUUGUUUCGCGUCUUCGACAUCCUCUAUCUCAACGGACAAACCUUGACAGACUAUACCCUUCGUGACCGUCGGGCAGCACUUGAAGGAGCUGUGAAAGAUGUGCAUCGACGGCUUGAGAUUCACCAAUACACAGAAGCUCAGAAAGUGUCUGAUAUCGAUCCAAUGUUGCGUAAGGUAGUCGCUGAGGCUUCAGAAGGGUUGGUGAUCAAGAACCCGCGUUCAGCAUAUCGGCUAAAUCAGAGGAACGAUGAUUGGAUCAAAGUGAAGCCAGAAUACAUGAACGAAUUUGGAGAAAACCUUGACUGCGUCAUUAUUGGCGGGUACUACGGCUCAGGGCGCCGAGGAGGCAAGCUGUCCAGUUUUCUAUGCGGCUUGAGAGUAGACGAGAAUCAGAUCUCCCAGGGCGCCAAUCCGAUGAAAUUUUACUCUUUCUUCAAAGUUGGAGGUGGCUUUACCGGUGCCGACUACGCAGCCGUACGACACAAGACCGAUGGCAAAUGGCAGAAAUGGGAGCCGAAACGACCCCCAUUCGAGUACAUUUCAUUAGCCGGGGAUGAGAGGCGAUUAUAUGAACAACCUGAUGAGUGGAUUUUACCGAGUGACUCCGUGGUUGUAGAGGUCAAGGCUGCGUCUGUCGCAGUGACAGAUUCUUUCAAGAUGGGCUACACUUUACGUUUUCCUCGCUUCAAGCGGAUCAGAGAUGAUCGCACUUGGGAGAGUGCUCUUUCCAUCUCUGGGUUCAUGCAACUGAAAGCAGAUGUUGAGAGCGAGAGAAAGGAGAAGCAAUUUCAAAUUGACGAUUCAAAAAGAAAACGACCGCGUACAAACAGAAAAAAGCCUUUGACCAUAGCCGGAAACGAAGACAUCAUGACGACAUUUAUGACAAAUGCAACGAAGAUCUUUGAAGGUCUGCUUUUCUACAUUAUGACGGGUUCACCAAAGCCAAACAAGAAGACGAAGGCAGAGUUAGAGUCGAUUGUCAAGUCCUGCGGAGGGGCCAUCACCCAGACUUACGCUAAGCCUGAGACGAUAUGCAUCGGAGACAACAGGACCGGAGAGACAGACAUCAACAAGCCGAGGCUAGUCCUGCCGUACGAGCCAAGGCAUAUGCUCUUCACCAUGGCAGAGAGCGAGGAAAUGAUCAGCGCUAAUGUUGACGAGUAUGGCGAUAGCUUUGCGAAAGACGUCUCGGUUGAGGAACUCAAAAGCCUCAUGGAUGGCCUACCCUCAAAACAAGAACGACCUACCGAAGUCAAAGACCUCCGUGCAGAGUUGAGGAAGACUAUUCCUGGGCUGGAGUGUUUUUCAGGGUGGCUCUUCGAAGGCCUGAAAAUACAUCCGGCCCCAGCGCUCAUAGGCGCCUCCCAGAAAUCGCCGGUCAUUGCAGAUAUCGAAUUGUCCAAGGCUUGUCACGUAGCGAGAUUUGCUGGCGCUGAUAUGAGCGACUCGUUAAUGCCAGGUAUCACACAUGUCCUGAUCGGACAUGACAAAACCCGGCUGAAAGAGAUCCGAUCGACCAUCAGUCAGUUCGACACGCGCUUACCUCGCGUCGUAACAGCAGAUUGGGUUGCCCAGAGUUGGCAGGAGAGAACUCUGUUGGAUGAAGAACGUGAGUCUUCCUUCCCUCUAGCCGUGCUGCACUCCCUUAUUGAUGAUCUCGCCCCAGCUAAGAUUACCGAACCACCCACAACAACGAAAGUUCGAUACAUACGGAAGAUGAUGGUUCCCAGAAGUUAUAAGCAUGGCUCAAGGCCAGGCCCACCCAGCGUACAACCUGAGAAAGGGUCCUUGCCAAAGUCAAAGGAACAAAAGCUUGCGAGCAGUAAGAGCAAGGCAGAGAAUAAUACUCGGUCUCAAGAGCAACGCUCUUUCCUUCCCUCGCAAAGUUUACCCGCAAAACCGGUAGUGAUACCGACGCGGACAAGAGAACGUGUAAAAUUGACGCCCAGAAAGGAGGAUGAGAAAAGCAGAAGGGCACCGUCGAGCAAUGGGAAACAUCAUCCGGGGCAUCCUUCACCAUCCGCCGCUUCGUUCCUGGCAGUGGAUUCAAUUCUCGGAGUUGAAGAGAAGAUAGACACAGGCUCUCGACCUGUUCCCAUUAUUAAGAGAGUGAUGAAGGAAAAGUCCCGAAAAUCGCCGUCGUCGUCAAGCCCCCGGACCUGGGAUCUAUUGCUCAGUCCGCCUAAUGAACUGGAGCCUAGAAGCGGCAGCUAUGAAAGCGAUACGACCCUCGGCCCAUUUUCUUCGGUCAGAUCGAUAUCAACGGAGUCAAUGCCGUCACUGGCGGAAGACGACAGCUCGAUAAGCUCAGAGAACCCUUCGACGCCGGGCUUCGGGAGUGCAAGUCGCAGGGGCAAGAGCGCAUCAAGCUCAGUAGGAAAAGACUGCGCUAGCAAUCAUCCUCUAUUACAAAAAAAGCAAGCCAUUCCCGAAAUCACUGAAGAGAACAUGCCACCGAGUCAACCCACGAGGACGAAGGCCUCCUUCAAGUCAAAUUUGACCGCGUCAUUUCGCGCGAUUCGCUCGGCUGCUCGCUCAAUCUCGGACCUUGCGCCACCCCUUCCGCAACGCGAUGACCACCUCUCACGCUCAAUCUUAGCGAUUGACGAAAAAUUCACUGACGAAAGGCGACCUCGACCCCGGUUUUCCGAAGAUCCACCCGAUCCUGCUUUACGACGAUACUUGAAUCCAAUCAAGCUCUCGCCUGCAGAGCUACAUUUUCAUACGGAGCGAGAUUCCUUGUCCUGCAGCGCGGCUAUACAGAUGGUAUCCUAUCAACCAGGUGCUCGUCGAUCAGCCAACGCGUCGUCUCCUCCCAUCUUUCCCUCCAGCAAGAAACAGAAACGGAUCCCCCAUCUGACCAAAAGCUCGCUCGAUACAGAAGACCCGCUCACAUCCUCGCUACUUCCCAAGCAAAGAGAGCCGAGGGAAAACGGCGAUUUUUUGAGGGUCAUCGUCCUCGAGAUGAACAUGAGGAAGGCUGGAAAAUUGAGUGAUGGUGCCCCAGGAAGGGCGCGGCUAUGGCUACCUCCAAGGGAAGUAGGGAAAAGCGAGGAUGCUAGCCAAGAAGAGAGCGCCUCAACAGAGCAGCGGAGUGUCCCCAGAAGAUGGGUGAGUGAGCAGCCCUGA